AUGGAAGAAGAGAAGCCUUUAGCAUCGUUAUCUCUGACGCACGUCCACUAUAACCCCGAAGACCACCUUUCGUACCUAUCCGCCUGGCUAGCCCUUGUCCCUCAAGCACUGUGUGUUGUUUACGUUACCCUCGUAUGGGCAACACGAGAGGUCGAGGUGGGCCUGAUGUUUGCUGGACAGUUGGGCUGUGAAGCCCUGAACUUUGCCCUCAAGCGGAUCAUUAAAGAGGAGCGCCCGAAGCAAAUGUUUGGAAAAGGCUAUGGCAUGCCUUCCUCACACGCGCAAUUCGUCUCCUUCUUCGCCGUCUACAUGGGCCUCUUCCUCCUAUUUCGACAGUCUUCGAGCCCCGCCAACCAGGGACCGAUUUCCAGAGCUAUAGCCUCUCUGGGAAUAGCACUCGCUGCUACUGCGGUGGCCGUCAGCCGUAUCUACCUGACCUACCAUACCCCCCGCCAAGUCCUCGCAGGCUGCGCUGUUGGGGUGGUGUUCGCUCUAGCCUGGUUCCAGUUUACGGGGCUCCUGCGAAGCUACGGUUGGAUUGAGUGGGGGUUGGAUCACUCGACAGCGAGGUUUUUCAGACUACGGGACCUGGUUGUAAGUGAAGAUCUCGCCGAAGCUGGAUGGCAGCGGUGGGAGACGCGGCGGAAAGCAAAGCGGAGCGAGAACGGCGGUCGUUCGUCGUCCAAGGCUGACUGA